UUAGUGCAGCUGAUUGUUUUCAAUAAAAAAUUUGCAAAAUUUUCUUGUAAAAAUUUUUGAAAUGAAAAAGUGUUAUUCAAAGCUUCAUUGUUAGCCAGUGCUCUUCUAGCACUUUGCGUUGAUCUAGUCAUUUAGAGUGCGUUUAGCUUCGUAAGUGUAGAAUAUAUACAUUGUCUAGGAUAAGUAUGUCUUCGGACGCCGUGAGGAAUCCGUUUAUCGAUUCAUCGUCACCAUCGCGCAAUCAUGACCGCGGCAUAGACCCUACUGCGGAUGCUCCCGAUCUCGAUGGUGACGAGGUGGAAGACAUUCCAGCAGCAAUGACUGAAUCAUACAGUGAAAUUGCUUAUACGCAAAAUUUCUUCGGCACUACCAAUGCCGAGGAACAGUUCGAAGAUGGCGGUGGCAGUAGCCAGAACGCUGGCUCCGGGUCGUCUUCGUCAUCCUCAUCGCAAACACGAAAGCGACCGGAUUCGCUCAAUUGUGAUAAGAGGAAAGAUGCUUCUUUCCCAUACAAUUUAGAAGGAACCGUUAGGGUAGAUGGCAACAUGACACACUUUGUAGCGGAGAAUCUUGAGUACAAAAUUAAACUGGCAAGUCCGGUAACGGUUACUCGAAAGGAUUCUAGUAAUCCUUCCGGAUCGCGGCAGAGUACUCCCUCGGCUGCAACAGGUGGCACGGGGGUUGGUCCCGGUGGAUACGGCCUAAUGCCGAGGCCAUUCAUGAUGCCACCACACCUGAACCAGAUAGAUCCAAACGUGCUGAACGAAAUCGAACGGGAAGCGCAAGCGUUGGCCGCUUCGGUCGAUAAUCUAACCGAAAGCCUCUGCUCGGUGCUGCACUCGAUUUCCUCGAUCACAGCAGAUAAUGUGGAAAUCUACAAGAAUGCCGUUACAAAGCUGACCGAUUGUAUGGAUGCCAACAUCAAAUGUAUGUACACUAUUAUGGCCAAAGCGGAGGAGAUCUCCAAAGCCAUCAAACCGGCCGAAGCUUUGGCAACGCGAAUACGAGAAAUCAAGAGGCUCGUUGAUAUGUUUGAAAGCAAUGUUUAAAUCGAUGGGAGAGUCUAAAUGUGAUUCCUCUUCCCGUGUCUUUAGAAAUCGUGGAUGGUGGAAAGCAAGGAAUUUUGUUUGAGCUACUAAACAAAUGUUGCAGCUUUGAACCGCACAGAUUUCAGUUUAUAAUCAAUAGCUUCGAUUAUUGUUAAGCUGCAUGUUUUACGUGGAACAUAGCAAACAAGUUGCUAAUAAGCAAGGAUCAAUAUUUAUUCUCAACUUAUA